AAAAGAGAUCGACUGGUGGGUUGUCGUAGGAAGUAGGGUAAGACAACUCUCGGCUGUUGGCUCUGUAGUGGGUCACGGGGCAGGUUUAUUUUUGGUCGCGGGGGGAAGAGGAGGAGAUCGAAGCUGCCUGCAGCGAUAAGAGCGUAGCGGCUGUCGACAACGACGGUUGUGGUGCAGAGGACAGGUGUACUUCUGUGCGAGCGUUGGUGGUGAGGCUGUUGUGGUUCUGACGUCGAACAUGAAGGUUGACGGUCUGGCAGCGCUAGUGACUGGAGGGGCGCAGGGACUAGGCAAGGCUUUCACCGAGAUCCUCCUGAAGAAUGGGGCCAAGGUGCUAUUCACAGACAUUGAUGAGAAGAUCGGCAAAUCCACUCUGGCUCAGUACCAGAAGCUGUACGGCCAAAACAACGUUCUCUUUAUUCAAGCGGAUGUUACCUCCCAGGAACAAAUGGAAGAAUCGUUCCAAUUAGCCAAGACAUCUUUCGGGAGGCUAGACAUCUUGUGCAACAACGCUGGCAUCGGAGGGGAAAGUGGAGACGCCUGGGAGAAGUCGAUAGACAUCAACCUGAAAGGGUCAAUCCGGUGCUGCCGUCUGGCGAUGGAGUACAUGAGGAGAGACAAGGGAGGACAAGGCGGCGUUAUCGUUAACAUCGCUUCAAUGGGAGGACUGAAGCCGCAGCCUUAUGGUCCUGUAUACAGCGCAGGCAAAGCGGGUCUCAUCAUGUACACGCGGUCUGUAGCAGCAAAUCCCGAGUUCCUAGCUUGUGGGGUUCGUAUUAGCACACUCUGCCCCGCGUUUGCCGACACACAGCUGGUGGCCAAUGUCUCCAAAGGCACAUGCCUUAACACAGAAAAGGCAUUGGAGCAGAUUAAAGCCGUUGGAGUUAUGACAGUGGAAUAUGUUGCUGAGGGAUUCUACGAGCUGGUUACAGAUGAUUCCAAGAACGGAGCAGUUCUCACCAUGAGCAAGCAUACAGGCAAAAAAUAUUUGGAAUUUUAAGCCGCCACGAAGAAAGUUCAAUUCCUUGUCAUCCUCCGGACAUUGGUGACAGACGACCCAAGGAAAUCACUAAAGACCACAUUCUUCUGGUGUGUUUUUCUUGAUGACGGCUUUUGAAAUUCUUCUACAAAGGAUCUUUCGACCAAAUAUGUAUGAAGAAAUUUGUAAAAUAAAUGUGAUAGCUUCCUAUUAUUUAAUUUGCUGUCGAACACUAAAUUAAAUGAUUUCCGGAUUCAUUCUGGACUGGGAGAUGCUGAAGACGUGGAAGAGGAAGCCAGGUCUUAACUAAUCAUUUUGUUGAGUUAUUUAGGCUUCUUUAUAUGUUUUAAAUGAAAAUUUCCUCAUGUAAAAUAGUAGAACAGGUAUCUAUGGAUAUGUUGACUAAAGCAAUAUUAGAUAACAAUGUGUGUACGUCUGUAAACAUGCAUUUUGCGAGCGAGUAUAUUUGUGCGUCUGUGUUUGUGCGUGUGUCCGCGCAUAUGGAGCUGGUAUAUACAGGUUUGCGUCUGAGGCACCAUCACAUGGAUUUUAAGGCUUACAUUUUAAUCUGAUUAAUAAAGCCAAUCAUCAACAAUUUUCUAAAAA